AUAAAACGCUGAAUCAUUUGAAAUACAAAGAAAACCGAAAAUGGAGUUACUGAAAUUUUCGAAGUUCAAGCUUCAACUACAAUCUCUCCUAACCGAAGUUCGAGAUCUUAGGGACAGAGAACGCUCCGCCACCGAACAACACCAUCAUCUAAUCAAGAAACAGAAACGGAAUGAGGAAGAGUGUAGUAGAAAGAUACAGGAAUUGCAAGGUGAAUUGGCUUCUGUUAAAGAAGAGCGCCAGAAAUUGGAGAGAAAGGUGAAUUAUGUGCAGAAUGAUAAUGAGAUGCUUGAAAAUAAGCAUAAAGAGUUGAAGGGAACAUUGAAUAGCUUGCUUCAGUCCAGGGAAAAUUUUGUGGUUGCUUAUGAGGAAUCUACUUCUCACAUGAAACGUUCAAUUGAAAGCAAAGAUAGGAUGCUUAGCGUCCUCUCAGAGAAGAUAAAUUCUCACCUACUAUUAUUUGAUUCUAUAGAGAAGGAGGUGUUUUAUAUCAAGCAAAUUUUGGAUAAAGUGCAGAACAUUGUCAAAGAUAAAGAAGAUGUUGUGACCAGCUUGAAAAACAAAAUGGACCAGGUCUCUGCAUUUGAAAAAGAAUUUGUUGAACAUAUCACAGACCUAAGAAAUAAACUGCAAAACAAAGAGGCCGAGUCAAGAAAAAAGGAUAGAGUCAUCUCAGAACUUGAAGCAAAGCUUGAUGCGGAAAAACUUAGCAACAAUAACCAAGAUCAAAUAGAAGAUCUUCAGAAAACUAUAUUGGCAAAGGAUGCAGAGAUACAUAAUUUAAUUUCAGACAAAGAGGCUUUGCAUAAAGAAGUUGGAAGCUUAAGAUUCAUCUUACAGAGGUUUCAGGGCACAAUUACUAAUAUGAAUGAAGAGGACAAAAAGUUAUUCUCAUCAAUUUUGCAACAUAAAGAAGCAAGUACAAUAGAUAUGAAGAUAGAAGAUAUCAGGACCGAAGAUUUUGUUCAAAACAAUGAAGAGAAGUCUCAAGAACCUACUUGAUUGUUGUAUUACAUGGCACAGAUUUAUAAAGAAAUUUAGGAGAAGCUAUCAUAUACCAAUAGAGGUUGUGGUUGGCAUACUAAUGCAAAAGGUCCACAGAAGUUUGGGUUUGCUCCAUUUACCCAAACUCCUGAGUGAGGAAUUUUGGAUUGGGUAGCCAUUAUUGUAACUACUAUCUGUAUCCUGUGAUGGAGGAAUGGAAAAGGUAAAUUUAAAAUGUUGUAAUGAUUCCACAGCCAGUGGGGUAAGAGCCUUUGCUUGAAAUAAAUUAAAAAAUGAAAGGUUUGAAAAGUAAUUAAUGCCUUUUAAGCAAAAAUCUUACCUCUGGUCUAAUUUAUAAGCAAAAAUCCUUAAAAAAAAUUGGCCUCAACUAUGGAGGUGAUCUCAACUCCUCAAAUAUAAGCAAAUGUCAACUAUUUUGUCUACAUUUAAUGUUAUUUUUCUAAAAUUAUCCUUGCAUUAAUUACUUAAUGUUGUGAGUAGAUGACCAUUAAUUAGGGGAUAGAUUAGUAAAUGUAUUUAUUUUUAUACAUGAAAUUAAGAAAAUUAAAUGCACUUAACUAUCAUUCUUAAUUAGUAUGAAACUAUGGUUUUUUUGCUUAUAAUUGCAACAAAACAUAGGUUCACACUUAUUAAAAAUUAAGAAUAAGAAUGAUAGUUAAGUGCAUUUAAUUUUCUUGAUUUUAUGGAAAACAAAUAAACACGUUUACUAAUCUACCCUUAAUUGAUAGUCAUCUACUCAUAACAUUAUGUAAUUAAUGUAAGGAUAAUUUUGGAAAAUUACCAUUAAAUGUAGAUAUAAUAGUUGACAUUUGCUUAUAUUUGAGGCCAAAACGUUAUGGAGACUUUUGCUUAUAAACAAGGCCACAAGGAGUAUUUCAUUAUGUAAGGGAAACAUCUGUCAUUACCUUCUAAAAUAUAUGUACAGGACAGUUAAACUAUGAUGAGUCGCAGGCAUGAAGUAUUAUGCUUAACCCCACUGCAGUCACCACUCUCUGAAUUUGGAUGGGGUCAUUUAUUUUUUAAAAGAAUUUUUAGCUUAAUUCCAGGUUAUUUUUUGUCAGCGAUCUAAUUUAGGCAAAAUGUCGGUCUCUAUUAUUUGUUGUAUGCAUUUGUUUACUUGUAUACUAAAAAUGUUUUGUUACAGUGGAGUUCUUUUGAGACCAAAUAUGUUAAUAGAAUUAUUCACUGGCAUAUAGUCUGCUUAUUCUGCUGGCUUGCUUCAA